AUGAGUCAUACCUUGAGCGCCUGGAAAGCGUGUUGUUCAGAUACCAAUCCGGGACCCCGAGUGGUUGUGCCCUCUGAACGGGCUCUGAACUCUUCCGCAGAAGGCAGUUCUCGACUUUUUAGGUACGAGUUGCAACAUAAAGUGGCAUGUGCUAAAAUGCAACACGUCAAGCAAUCAACUGAUCCAGACGGUUUCCUUGGUAUGGGUGGAUUGAUGGAUCAAAUAGUGCAUGACGGUCUUAUGGACGAACGACAUCUUGAUGAAAUUCUCUUCUCGUCGAAUGCAGGAUCCAGUGGCAACUGGUCUGAGCAGGGCUACCCCAGAGCGUCUGCUCCCGUUCGGCAUGAUAACCGUUGGAUAGCUGACGCACCGUUGCCUCCUGAUGAUGAUUUUGAUCAACAUAAUCUCGUUAUGGAUACUAAUUUCUCGGAACAACCCACCAGCCGUCAGUCCUAUAAUCGAGAGAAUAUGCAAGAAGGCUCAAGCAAUUGUCGUUUUGGUGCAGGACACUCGAAUGUCAAUCCUUUUCAAGACUACCCAUCUCAUCGUUUUUCGGCGCUUCCUCCGAAUCAGGCCCGAUUUAGUGGAGGCAUGGGAUUUUCGUUGAAUUCUCAACGACCUAUGGUGGUUGGUGAAGCUUCAUCCCAAGCACAUACUUUUACGCAGUUUCAGUCAAGACCAUCAACUUCCACAUAUCCUCCUACGUCUAAUCCUCCUACGUCUACAGUUUUAGCCAGUUCCUAUCCGGAAAAGGGAGCGGCCCAAGGAUCUGAGAAAAUACCGUCCCCUCUGACGUGUUCCUCCGGUGAAGAACCUGAUCAACAGAUGGCCGCAGCAAGCGAAUGCAGCCCAGCCACACCGUAG